GACCCGGGCUGUUUAUUCGCAUCAGGAGGCGCGGGUGGCUCGCAGAGGGCGAGAAGACCUUUCCCGCUUUCACACUGCAGGCAGCUAAGUCGCCGAGAAAGGCAGCAACUUGACGCCCGACCCCGCCACCCAAACCCGCUCGCUCUGCGACCCCAGAGCAGCCGGCGCCAACCCGUCCCCUUCGCGACUCCGCCGGAAGUCCCGCCUGCACCGCCGCCGCGCCCCAUUGGGCCGGGUGCUGGGGCAUCCCGGGCGCUGGGUGCCCCGAGCGGCUACGACGAGUCCCAGGAGGAGGCCCAGCCUCGUGAUGAGGAAUAGCAAGGAGAGAAUUCAGCUCCAGUUCAAAAGCCUACAAAAUCUGAGACUGUCAUUGCUUUUAUAAGGAUUCCAGCUUUCCCUCCUGGCCAGAAAUGUUCAGCCUGGACUCAUUCAGAAAAGCAUCCCUGGAUGUGAAUGAGGACCCUCCUUAAACAGGAAUGGAGAGGUUGAGCUGGUCAUUUCCAACCUUAGCUUCAAGGCAGAACUGGAAUUAGUUUCAAAAUAAACCUUGAUCCUAGGCACUUAGUUCUAGAAGAUCCUACAGGCACGUCUGCUGUAACUCUAUAUCGGGCCCAGCACAGGCAGCGUCAGUGCAAACUUCCCCCACCCCGCCUUCCACCCAUGUGUGUCAACCCUGCCCCAGGAGGGACCAUCUCUCGAGGCUGAACGUUAACAUUUCCAACAUGGCAGCCUCAUUCCAUCUUCCUGCCUUCCAUCCACACGACUGCUGGUUUAGAUUUGCUGGAGAGUGAGCUCUGCAGGGUCCUAGCCCUGGGCAGCGCCGAGCCCGCCUACUGAAGGCCCAGGGCUGUGGUGAGCGAGGACGGGCUGCUGAUGCCCUCGCCUAGGCUUGGGCCUCGGGUCCGCCCGGCCCGCAGGGGGCGCGCGGCGCUCGGGCCGGCCGCUCCCGUUCUCUUCGCCCGGUCCCUGCCGCGCACAGGCCUCGGGGUCGGUGGGAGCACGAUGGCGGCCGCUAGGAGACUCAUGGCGCUGGCCGCCGGCAUCUCUCCGCGCCUGCAGCCGCUGGGUCCCCGCGCUGCUGGGCGACAGGGUCGCUCGCGCGGCUUCUCUUCAAGCUGCGCCCACCCCGACCACACCAAGGAAGCCGCCGAGGCCGAGUCAGGGAUGGCCCCCGGCGGGCCUGGGGAAGGCGACGGAAUCUUGGUGAACGCUUCUAGGGACCUAUUAAAAGAGUUCCCACAGCCCAAAAAUCUUCUCAACAGUGUGAUUGGAAGAGCCCUUGGCAUCUCACAUGCAAAAGACAAACUAGUCUACGUGCACACAAAUGGACCGAAGAAAAAGAAAGUCACACUGCACAUAAAGUGGCCCAAGAGCGUGGAGGUAGAAGGCUAUGGCAGCAAGAAGAUCGAUGCUGAGCGGCAGGCUGCAGCUGCGGCCUGCCAGCUGUUCAAGGGUUGGGGUCUGCUAGGUCCCCGGAAUGAGUUGUUUGACGCAGCCAAAUACCGAGUGCUAGCUGAUCGCUUUGGCUCCCCUGCCGACAGCUGGUGGCGUCCGGAACCCACCAUGCCCCCUACUUCCUGGCGGCAGCUGAAUCCAGAGAGCAUUCGACCAGGGGGACCUGGGGGCCUAUCCCGCUCUUUAGGCCGGGAAGAAGAGGAGGACGAGGAGGAAGAGCUAGAAGAAGGGACCAUAGAUGUUACCGACUUCUUGUCCAUGACCCAGCAGGAUUCCCAUGCUCCACUCAGGGACUCAAGGGGGAGUUCCUUUGAGAUGACAGAUGACGACAGUGCCAUUAGGGCUCUGACCCAGUUUCCACUUCCCAAGAACCUUCUGGCCAAGGUGAUUCAGAUUGCAACGUCAUCCUCCACAGCUAAGAACCUCAUGCAGUUCCAUACUGUGGGCACCAAGACCAAGCUGUCUACACUCACCCUGCUCUGGCCCUGCCCCAUGACCUUUGUUGCCAAAGGGCGCCGCAAAGCAGAGGCUGAGAAUAAGGCGGCAGCCUUGGCCUGCAAGAAACUGAAGAGCCUGGGCCUGGUGGACAGGAACAACGAACCGCUUACACACGCCAUGUAUAACCUGGCCUCUUUGCGUGAGCUGGGUGAGACCCAGCGCCGACCAUGCACCAUCCAGGUGCCCGAGCCCAUCCUCCGCAAGAUAGAGACCUUCCUGAACCAUUACCCUGUGGAGAGUUCAUGGAUCGCCCCAGAACUCCGGCUGCAGAGUGAUGACAUCUUGCCCUUGGGCAAGGACUCAGGGCCUCUGAGUGACCCUAUCACAGGCAAGCCCUAUGUGCCCCUGUUGGAAGCAGAGGAGGUACGUCUCAGCCAGAGUCUGCUAGAACUGUGGCGGCGGCGAGGGCCGGUCUGGCAGGAGGCCCCCCAGCUACCUGUAGACCCACAUCGGGACACCAUCCUCAACGCCAUUGAGCAGCACCCGGUGGUGGUCAUCUCUGGGGACACGGGCUGUGGGAAGACCACGCGCAUCCCCCAGCUGUUGCUGGAGCGCUAUGUGACCGAGGGCCGAGGUGCCCGCUGCAAUGUGAUCAUCACCCAACCUCGCCGCAUCUCUGCUGUGUCUGUGGCACAGCGGGUCAGCCACGAACUGGGCCCCUCCCUGCGCCGGAAUGUGGGCUUCCAGGUGCGGUUGGAAAGUAAGCCCCCAUCCCGAGGCGGGGCCCUGCUCUUCUGCACUGUGGGUAUCCUGCUGCGUAAGCUGCAGAGCAACCCCAGCCUGGAGGGCGUGAGCCACGUCAUCGUGGAUGAGGUGCAUGAGCGGGACGUGAACACAGACUUUCUGCUGAUCCUGCUCAAGGGCCUGCAGCGGCUCAACCCGGCCCUGCGGCUGGUGCUCAUGAGUGCCACAGGGGACAAUGAGCGCUUCUCCCGAUACUUUGGUGGCUGCCCCGUCAUCAAGGUGCCUGGCUUCAUGUACCCAGUCAAGGAGCACUACCUAGAGGACAUCCUGGCCAAGUUGGGCAAGCACCAGUACCUGCACCGGCACCGGCACCAUGAGUCUGAGGAUGAAUGCGCACUCGAUUUGGACCUUGUGACUGAUCUGGUUCUGCACAUCGAUGCUCGCGGGGAACCAGGUGGGAUCCUGUGCUUCCUGCCUGGGUGGCAGGAGAUCAAAGGAGUGCAGCAGCGCCUCCAGGAGGCCCUGGGCAUGCACGAGAGCAAGUACCUCAUCCUGCCAGUGCACUCCAACAUCCCCAUGAUGGAUCAGAAGGCCAUAUUCCAGCAGCCUCCAGUUGGGGUGCGCAAGAUUGUCUUGGCCACCAACAUUGCUGAGACUUCCAUCACAAUCAAUGACAUCGUGCAUGUGGUGGACAGUGGGCUGCACAAGGAAGAACGCUAUGACCUGAAGACCAAGGUGUCCUGCCUGGAGACAGUGUGGGUAUCAAGAGCCAAUGUGAUCCAGCGCCGGGGCCGGGCGGGCCGCUGCCAGUCCGGCUUUGCCUACCACUUGUUCCCUCGAAGCCGGCUGGAGAAAAUGGUCCCUUUCCAAGUGCCAGAGAUCCUGCGCACACCUCUCGAGAACCUGGUGCUGCAAGCAAAAAUCCACAUGCCUGAGAAGACGGCGGUGGAGUUCCUGUCCAAGGCUGUGGACAGUCCAAACAUCAAGGCAGUGGACGAGGCUGUGAUCUUGCUCCAGGAGAUCGGGGUGCUGGACCAGCGGGAGUACCUGACUACCCUGGGGCAGCGCCUGGCUCACAUCUCCACCGACCCCCGGUUGGCCAAGGCCAUUGUGUUGGCUGCCAUCUUCCGUUGCCUGCACCCACUACUGGUGGUCGUUUCCUGCCUCACCCGGGACCCCUUCAGCAGCAGCCUACAGAACCGGGCAGAGGUGGACAAGGUGAAAGCACUGUUGAGCCAUGACAGCGGCAGUGACCACCUGGCCUUUGUGCGGGCUGUCGCCGGCUGGGAGGAGGUGCUGCGUUGGCAGGACCGCAGCUCCCGGGAGAAUUACCUGGAGGAAAACCUGCUCUACGCACCCAGCCUGCGCUUCAUCCACGGACUCAUCAAGCAGUUCUCAGAGAACAUUUAUGAGGCCUUCCUGGUGGGGAAGCCCUCGGACUGCACCCUGGCCUCCGCCCAGUGCAACGAGUACAGUGAGGAGGAGGAGCUGGUGAAGGGCGUGCUGAUGGCCGGCCUCUACCCCAACCUCAUCCAGGUGAGGCAGGGCAAGGUCACCCGGCAGGGGAAGUUCAAGCCCAACAGCGUCACAUAUAGGACCAAAUCAGGCAACAUCCUGCUGCACAAGUCGACCAUUAACAGGGAGGCCACACGGUUACGGAGCCGAUGGCUGACGUAUUUCAUGGCAGUCAAGUCCAAUGGCAGCGUCUUCGUCCGGGACUCCUCUCAGGUGCACCCGCUAGCUGUGCUGCUGCUGACCGACGGGGACGUGCACAUCCGUGAUGACGGGCGCCGGGCCACCAUCUCACUGAGCGACAGUGACCUGCUGCGGCUGGAGGGUGACUCGCGUACCGUGCGGCUGCUGAAGGAGCUGCGGCGGGCCCUGGGCCGCAUGGUGGAGCGGAGCCUGCGCAGCGAGCUGGCUGCACUUCCCCCCAGCGUACAGGAGGAGCACGGGCAGCUGCUUGCGCUACUGGCAGAGCUGCUGCGAGGACCCUGUGGCAGCUUUGAUGUGCGCAAGACAGCUGACGACUGAGCCCUGCUUCUGCUGGGGCUGUGUACAGAGUGCAAAUGUUUAUUUAAAAUAAAGUUCUAUUUAUCCCUUGUGA